UGGGGGAUUCGUCUUUGUGGGGCUGCAGGAGCGCCGGUGGUGAUUUUAAAUGCUCAAUACGAUGAGGUUUUGGCGGGUUCCAGGGGUUGUGGCGGAGGUAUAAAAGGAGCGCGCGCCGGUUUGCCUUCCUCUUUGUGACUCGUGCUAACGAUGACUAAGAAGCGAAGAAAUAACGGACGUGCCAAGAAAGGCCGUGGCCACGUCCAGCCCAUUAGGUGCACAAACUGUGCCCGCUGCGUCCCCAAAGACAAAGCCAUUAAGAAGUUUGUCAUCCGCAACAUUGUGGAGGCUGCUGCAGUUCGAGAUAUUUCAGAGGCCAGUGUCUUUGAAGCAUAUGUGUUGCCCAAGCUGUAUGUGAAAUUGCAUUACUGUGUCAGCUGUGCCAUCCACAGCAAGGUGGUAAGAAAUCGUUCACGAGAGGCCAGAAAGGACCGAACUCCACCUCCACGUUUCAGGCCAGGCGCCAGUAUCCCACGUGGACCUCCUCAGAAGCCUAUGUAAACAUGAGCGAAUCCUAUAAUUUGGUUUGAAGUAAUAAAAAUGUUGGACCAUUAAA